UUGUGUGAACGAUUUAACAAUUAAGAAGAAGAAGAAGAAUAUUAAAAUAAAAAGAAGAAGAAAAUUGCUGAUGCCUGUUGACCUCGUACCUAGAAAUGCCAAGAGCAGGUUUUACGAUCACAAACUCCAUCAAAUUCCAAAUCCAAAUCCAUCGUUCUCUUCUUCCUUCUCUCCGAUCCAUUCAUUUGUCACAGACAGAAAACAAGAAGAAGAAGAAGAAGAAAUGAUGAACAAGUCUCGCAUCGAAGCGAUCUUGUCCCUGUUCGUCAAUGUUCAUCCUCACGAGACCUCCGCAUUGCUCUACUCCUCCUCCUGUUUCUUCUUCAUUUUAAGUGCAUACUUUGUGGUUCUUCCAUUACGCGAUGAAGGUGCGAUAUCAUUAGGGUUAGGUAAUCUUCCAGGGCUUUUCGUGGGUUCCUUAGCCCUCACACUGGUUGCUGCCCCUGUUUCCACUCUCAUCUUUUCGCUGCCCAAUCUUUCCAAAGGAAAGGCCUUGGUCUUGAUACACAGGUUUUUUGGUGUGUCUCUUAUUUUAUUUUUCAUUCUAUGGCAUUCUUCUUCGCCUGAACAUACACUUCCCAAUUUUAAGCGUUUGAUUUCCAUGUCCCCCGCUAUAAAAGAAGAGCUAAAAGUUGAUGUUAAUCAAGCCACUCCUGCAUAUUCUGAAGGUUGGGGAUGGGGUGACCAUGGAUGGUUUUAUGUCUCAGUCAGAAUAAGUUUGUUCCUUUGGGUUGCUUUGCUGAAUCUUAUUACUAUCUCUUCAACUUGGGCUAGAGUAAUUGAUGUGAUGGACAGUGAGUCAGGUUCAAGAUUGUUUGGGUUUGUAGGUGCUGGUGCUACACUUGGCCAGCUUUUUGGUUCAUUGUUUGCCACAGGAAUGGCCUGGAUGGGACCAUAUUUACUCCUAGUUGCUGCUCUGUUGAUGGAACUUGCUUCACAGUCAUCAAAAAGGAUCAAUAAGGAUAUAUCCCAUCUCUCUGAGGAAUUGUCUCCUAUGAGGAAAGCUGAACUUGAUCAACGUAAUGAGGAUGGACAAACUGCACAUACACCUAGAGGAUCUUCCCCUAAGUUCUCCACUCCUGUGGUGAAGCCUCAUCUUUGGGCUAUAUUAGAUGGAGUUCGGCUUAUUUUGUCCUCAACAUAUUUGUUAUAUGUGUCAUUAUUUCUGUGGCUGAGUGCGGUCAUCUCUUCAUUCUUUUAUUUUCAGGUAAGAAUAGGCUUCAUUUCAAAAUUGCUCUUUCUGUUUUGUAAUAGAAGAAAAUUGUUUGCCCAGAUCAAUAGUUUUAUUGCUAUUUUUAUCCUUGCUGGACAACUUACUUUAACGGGGCGCAUACUUACUGUUGCUGGUGUUACUGUAGCAAUAUGCUCUGCUCCAUUUGUUGCUUUUGUAAAUUUGGUUUCUGUAGCUGUGUGGCCAACAUGGAUUGCAGUUGCCAUCUCUGAGACCUUACGAAAGGUGGUUACUUACGUUGUAACCAGACCUGGGAGAGAACUUCUUUUCACGGUCGUCUCACAAGAGGAGAAAUACAAAGCUAAGGUAUGCAUAGAUGUAAUCGUUCAAAGGCUUGGAGAUGCUACAGCAGCAGGACUCUACAAACUCCUUUUCAGCACUCUAAAUGGGAAAGCAUCGACAGUUUCUCUCUAUGCCCUGCCAGUCUGCUUAUUGUGGUUAUUCACGGCAUUUCAUUUAGGCCACCGCCAAACAGAACUUGCAAAGCUCCGGCCUGUCUCCACGUGAAGUUCUCUGGGAGAUUGUUUUGUGUACAGUUUGAUAUAGAGAAUAUUAGGCCCGCUAAAUCACAAUUGUCUGAUUAUAAUGUAACAUGAUUUUGAAUAAUCAUAUAAUGUUUAGUGUCUGGAAGAGCUCAUUGUCAUCCCAUAGUCCAUACGUACUUUACUGACAAAACAAAAAAAUUACUCAGUAGCAUUCUCAUGCUGAAGUGCUCUUUUAGGUAUGCAUUCUUGGUGUGUGCUACCUGGCUACCCCUUGUUUGGUCUGCUGUUUGUGAAAUCUCUCUCUCUCUGGGUUGUUGGACAUUGUGAAAGCCAUCUUAUCUGCUUUCCAUUGCAUUCGUGUCUGGGAAAUUUCUUGUGGAUCAUAUUCAACUUUAUGCACAAGGCUUAUGUUAAA